AUGCACCAUAAAGUGAUGUACUUCUACAUCAGGUACUACUACAAUAGGUACUACUACAUCAGGUACUACUACAAUAGGUACUACUACAUCAGGUACUACUCCAAUAGGUACUACUACAUCAGGUACUACUACAAUAGGUACUACUACAACAGGUACUACUACAACAGGUACUACUACAAUAGGUACUACUACAACAGGUACUACUACAACAGGUACUACUACAACAAGUACUACUACAACAGGUACUACUACAACAGGUUCUACUACAACAGGUACUACUCCAAUAGGUACUACUCCAAUAGGUACUACUCCAAUAAGUACUACUACAAUAGGUACUACUACAGUAGGUACUACUACAACAGGUACUACUCCAAUAGGUACUACUACAACAGGUACUACUCCAAUAGGUACUACUCCAACAGGUACUACUCCAAUAGGUACUACUCCAAUAGGUACUACUACAACAGGUACUACUACAACAGGUACUACUACAACAGGUACUACUACAACAGGUACUACUACAACAGGUACGACUUCAACAGAUACUACUCCAAUAGGUACUAUUCCAACAGGUACUACUACAACAGGUACUACUCCAAUAGGUACUACUCCAAUAGGUACUACUCCAAUAAGUACUACUACAAUAGGUACUACUACAAUAGGUACUACUACAACAGGUACUACUCCAAUAGGUACUACUCCAACAGGUACUACUCCAAUAGGUACUACUACAACAGGUACUACUCCAAUAGGUACUACUACAAUAAGUACUACUACAAUAGAACUACCGAUUAA